AUGGCGAUCAAGAACAUUCUUGCACUUGUGGUUCUUCUUAGCAUUCUUGGAGUUUCUGUUGCCUAUCCAAAGUCGAGCCUUGACGUGAACUACUACCAGUCUAAGUGUCCUAACGCAACAGACAUUGUCCGUAAUGUCACGGAGAAACUUGUUGGUCCCAAGAAGAGUCUUGCGGCCGCGCUUCUAAGGAUGCAUUUUCAUGAUUGUUUCGUCAGAGGAUGUGAUGCUUCCCUUCUUCUGUUUUCUCCAAACAAAGAUGCGGAAAGAGAUGCUAUCCCUAACUUGUCAGUGAGAGGCUAUGAGGUGGUUGAUGCCGCCAAGGCAGCCCUCGAGGAGGCGUGUCCCAAUGUUGUUUCUUGCGCUGAUGUUCUAACCUUAGUCGCCAGAGACGCUGUCGCAGCGAUCGGAGGACCAUGGUGGGAGGUUCCAUUGGGCCGGAGAGAUGGUCGCAUAUCAAGAAAAGACGAGGCGAAUCUACCAUCGCCUUUCGCAGGCAUAGCUGAACUGAAGAAGAACUUUACGGACAAGGGUCUUACCGUUAAAGACCUUGUCGUUCUCUCAGGAGCUCACACCAUUGGAAUUUCUACUUGCGGUCUCGUAAACCCACGUAUCUACAACUUCAACGGAAACGGCGAUGCUGAUUCGGACAUGGACCCUAGCUACGUUAGGGACUUGAAACAAAGGUGCAAGCCUAGUGAUUCCACCACCACGGUGGAUAUGGACCCAGGCAGUGUUGAGAAGUUUGACACUGGCUACUUCAAUGCCGUGUCUCAGAAGAAAGGACUGUUCGUAUCUGACUCGGCACUUCUCAAAGACAUUCAGACCAGAGUAUACAUCACGACACAGCUCGCGUUAGGUGAAAAAUUCUCUACCUUCAACAAAGAUUUCGCCGAAUCAAUGGUCAGACUUGGUAAGCUCGGAGUUCUUACCGGGAAGGAUGGUGAGAUCAGAAACAAAUGUGCAUCCGUUAACUAA